GAGAGGCUGCCGAACGGCCAGGAGUUGACCGUGGUCGGGCGUGUGAGCGUGGAGAUCGGCGGGCUCACGGGCGCCGUCCUCGAUGACGACCAGCUCGGCCCGGAGGGCAAGGUCUACCUCGUCGACGCGGCCCACCGGGUCCUUGCGUCGAGGAGCCCCGCCGACGUGGUGGCGCCGGACGGCCUCGCGACCGGCGGCCUCGCCUUCCGCGCCGUGGCCGAGGUGGAGGCCCUGCAGCCCGUCGCCCCAGACCUCGCCGCCGCGGUCCCCGGCGCCGGCGCCACGGUGCGCGACCCUGGCGGCGGGCUGGCGGUGCUGCGUUGGCUGCCGUCUCCCCUGAGCAGCUUCGCGGUCGUCGUCUACGCGCCCGAGCGCGGGCCGUUCAUCCACAUGCCCAUGAUGGUCACGUGCUUUGCGAGUACUGGCGUCGCCGUGCUCCCGUACGUGAUCAUCGUGUUCGGUUUCGUCUUCAUCAUCCUCGCUGACUGUGUGUUCAUUCUGCGCCAAUCGAAAGAGGAAAAUGUGGAGGGAAACGAGCCGGAAAUGUGA